GCUUGCACAGCUUUUUUUGUGCAACCCGCCGGGGUAUUGACUGGCCUUGAUACACUCUUGGAAUUCGAUUCUGGGUCUAUUGUGUCGUAAUCAGUCGUAGUGAUCACUGCUGGCCACGCAAGGCCCAGCAUUGCUCUGAGAGCUUGACACAGCAAUUUGGCUGCAAGCGCGCAAACGCAUCGACGGGGACGCAAACGCAUCGAUGAGUGACUUCACAUCAGCUUGGGCUGCGUGCAAAGACGAUGCAGCGCGAAUAGAGCUCUUCAACCGCUGGCUGAAGAGUAGACGGCCGCUGCCGAGCGAGGACGCGCGGCAUGCCGCCUUUCGACUGCGGGCGUCAUUGGUAGGGUUGGAUGAGGAAGCGCGUAUAGCAAGGGGCGAGCAGCCACCCGUGCCGCCCUGCCGAACGCCGCCGCGCACGCCGCCGCGAAGCCCGCCCGCCUCGCCGAAGACGCCCAAACGACGAGAAUUGAAACACCAGCGCUCGGCCUGCGCCGAGGCCUAUUCGGUGCACGACGACUGGGACGACAUCUGGAUUUUUGGGUACGGGUCGAUACUGUGGCGCCAGGGGUUUGCGUUCGAGCGCAGCAUUGUGGGGUACGUCAAGGGCCACGUCCGCCGCUUCCACCUGGCCGACGCACAACAUAGAGGCACCAGCAAAGAUCCGGGCCGCGCCGUCAUGCUCGAGCAGGGACGAGACAACGACCGGUGCUGGGGCUGCGCGUUCUUGCUGCCGACGCGCGACGCCGCGCGCAUCCUCGAGACCAUGGACGUGCGCGAGUCGGCCUACGAGAAGAGGUGCCUCGAUUUGUACGGGCGGUCGUCCGACGACGUGCCCAUCGUCAGAGACGUCGUGGCCUACGUCUGCCCGCGCUGUCCACAACGUAGUAAAGCGGCCGGCCACACGGGCGAAUCACCAAUCACAACGAUAGCGUCUAUUAUAGCGUCGGCGCGGGGCCCGAGCGGCCGCAACGUCGACUACCUGUACCGCUUGGACGGCUGGCUCCUCCAGCACGGUAUCCGCGACGACCACGUGCGCUCGAUCGCGAAGCUCGUACACGAGCGCGAGGAGGCCGAGGAGGAGUCGCGCGUCUGCGAGGACGAGCCUUGCGCGGCGGCUCAGGGCCGCGUCGUUGUUGAUGAUGGCGCCGCCGAGGUCGUGUCGAACUGUGGACGGAGUUUAUUAGCCGUGGGCGUCGUGCGCGUCGUGGGGGACUUUGGGGCGGGCGCGCACGUCGCGGUCGUGUCCGUCGCGGGCGCGGCCAUCGCGGCGGGGCGGACGGCCUACGCCGCCGAUGACUUAAGAGCGCUCGCGGGGAAGCGGUCGCGGUGCUGCGCGGAGCUCCGGCCGCGGCACUCGGGCGAGCCGGGUGUCGUGAUUCGGAAGGCGGAUAUGGUCUUGAGCUAAGACAGUCAUGCUUUUUACACACCCCCCACCACGCCAUCGCCGCGACACGCGCGAGUGAAACCUGCGCCGGGCGCCCGCUCAGCGGCGUCGGAGACCGUCCCGCGAGCGCGAAGCGCGGAGGGAGCGUCCGUCCGGGGCGCCACGAAAAGCGCCCACCUUUUCUCGUCGAAUGGUCAGCACGAGGCGGCGUCGACCCCCCCUCCGUAGAGGGAGCGCCGCCUUCGAAUUCGGCCUUUUGAUGCUCGUCACGCGGACAACAACUGAGACAGAUUAGGACGCCGCAUCGUGCGCUCAGUAGCCCAGCGAGUAGCCGUCCGUCGUCUGGCGCAGG